UCUCAGCAUCUACCCAUAUCUAGUACGAGUCUGAUGACAACCACCCCUCUCACCUCAUCGUACUACGAUAAUUCCUGGUGUGCUCCGCCAAAACAUGUUUUCUUUCGUGGCUGCUACAAGUUGUUGUGUAUGAUUGCUAUAUCGAGGUCGUCAGUCGAACACUGGGAAGAGCUCAGACAAAUUUCGAUAAGAUCCAGGCAGGAUCUGGAAGUACACCAACGGAGUUCGACAGAAGAGCAAUGGGAGAAGCAUAAAAAAAUGGUGAUAGCUCGAUUUCAAAACAUGAACAUCACAGCGGGUCUGGUUUUGACGUCAAGUACUGUUUUCAUAUCUACCAAUCCUCCAAUUCAACUUCUUGUGCCCUACGCAAAUUAUCUGUCGUAUACUCUCGAAGUUUUCUCUUUUGUAGCUGCAUUGAUCAGUCUGAUCGUUGGUACUUCUGUCGUCAUCAUCUAUGACCCUUGCUAUGCACACGCGGACAUAUUGGAAUCGUUCAAGGAAUCCCGCUUGCGCCUUAUAUGCUGCCUUAUGCUGAUGGCGUUUCCUUCACUGGCUCUGGUAGCCUCGACACUGGCUUUAAUGGCAGCCGUAUUUAUUGCAGGCAUCACAUCCGACAAAGUUUUCAUGAAAGUCAUGUCUGCAGUAACCUGUGUAAUAAUUUAUAUCCUGCUUAUGGUCGCAUUCUACGUAUUCAACACUCCUCUAAAAAAGGUUGCCCAUUACAAUACCGAUGCCACUGACAUGCCAGAGCAGGAAGCCUGAGGCACUGGCAAGCUACCAAUCUAGAAGGAGGAUCGCCUCAUUAGCUAGCGAUAUAGACGGACAUGUUCCUGUUGAUGGCUCAUUUGUGAUAUUACCGGUGCCUCGCAUUGUCUACUCCUGGAUGAGAGAGAAAUCCAUACACUUUGCAGUGCGCGGGGACAGUUGGUUCAACUUGUUUCCAGUAACUACGACACGGUAUUUUGUUGAUCGCGAACCACCCAUUUCUAUCACUCUUAUCAUAAUGGGUUGAUAGUUCCCCUUCGCUACAAUAGUCACAUCACUAGAGUCUAGUGAAGUGAAUCUACAAUAUUAA